CCUUCCCAUUUACUCUUCCCAAAGUGUUAUUUUGAAAGCAUACACAAUUUUUUGUUGUUUUUUUAAGUCUUAUUUUUAUUUAUUUUUAAUCUUCCUGAAUUUUGUCGAAUCUGAGAAUCGCGUGGAAAUAUUUCUCAGGUGAGCUAUGGUUUCUCCAUUUGUUGUCGAAUUUUUUGGAUUUAAAAUUCGACCAAGAGCAGAAUAUGUUUUCUGGAAAUGCCAAGCUCUGGAAUCGACCACGGUGCAUUCGUUAUGAUUAAAAUAAACUGGUAAAAUAAACAGAGACAAAAACAAGGACUCAGGCUUCAAUCAACGACUCUGAGGUGAAAAGUUGAAAACUAAAGUGAAAUGCCUGGAAUGACAUGUGCAGUGGCUGUGUGCCGCAACAGUUUUUACAAGACGAGAAACAACCCGAUUAAAAAACAGGUGAAUUACUUUUCGUUCCCCAAAAAUUCGGAGCUGAGGAAAUUGUGGGUGGUGGCCUGCCGAAGGAAAGACAAAUUCAAUCCCGACACGUCAUUCGUGUGCUCCAAUCACUUCGAUCCGAGCGAUUUUCAAAAGAGCAUGAUAGCCGAGUUAGGUUUCGCUAAACAUAGGAAGAGGUUGAAACCCGGGGCUUGCCCUACGAAAGGCCUUUGCCCCAAGAGGGAAGAUGUGAAAACUGAGGAGGAUCUUUCCGAUGAACAAAUGGACAGGUCACCAACCUUCAAAGCUCAGAUUAUUUCACAACCUGGAAAAGAAUCGCACCGUCAAGACUCAGUUUAUUGUGGCCCGAGUUUUCCGACUCCUAAGUUUGAGUUUGAACCGAGUUCUUUAGAAGAUUCGUAUCAACCACUGCCUUUGAUUCUGGGACGUGAGCUACAUGAAAUCUCUAAUAUGCCUGUGAAUUGUGCUGUAGCCACUUGUGGCAACAACGGUUACAAGACGAGGCAUUUGUCUGGUCCAAAUACCGUCUCCUACUUUACGUUCCCGAAAGAGAAACAGCUCAGACAGAUUUGGAUACAUUUUUGUAAAAGGAAGGACAAGUUUAACCCCGACACUUCAGCGAUUUGCUCUCAGCAUUUCAAGGGGAGCGAUUUUGAACGCAACCUGAGGGCAGAGCUUUUACAGAUGAGGCAGAAGAAAAUUUUAAAACCUGGAGCAGUGCCUACGCUCAAUAAAGUGAACCUGAUAGACAAGGAAGACGCGGACAUAUCGACGAAAAUUAAUUUAGGAAAAGAGCGAAUGAGUUUACCAGCCGUUACAAGUGUAUAUCAUCCUGAUACCUCAAACCAACUGAAAGUGAGAAAAUAUAAAAGUGUCUAUCAUAGAAACAGGGAAAAACAGUCUAUUUUGGAAUACGACGAUUCUACAGAUGAGGUUGAAGUUUCAGCGGCAGACAAGUCAGAAGCGGUUCUCAAAGAAGCAUUAUCGACGGGCCUUCGCCUCAAAGAAUGGAUAAAUGACGACUGCCAAGUAUUCGGCAACUUUGUAGCGAGUGAACUGAGGAGCAUCACUAACGACGGGAUUAGAAAAGAACUCAAACAAUUCAUACAAAAAGGGAUUUUGGAAUUUUUAGAAAAGGACGCUUCUUCAUUGACAAAUUCACCAGCCUCGCUUCCGUCGAUUAGUAGUUCUUUCGACUCGACAAGUUCCAAAUGUUUCAAAUUUUCAGUAGAUUCGGCGAUCACCGUUAAAAACAGUUAGGAUUGAAUGCUUCUUCAUCAUGCACACAUCGGGAUUUUCGGCAAUGAAGAAGCUGACCAAUUGGCAAAAUCGGCAUCAAGGGAUGAAAGUCUAGAAAUCUACUACAAACACCCUAAGAGCCUUUUUCAGAAGAGACUGGAGCAGGAAGCUUUUUCAAGAUGGGAAGAAACAUGGCGGGAAACGACUAAGGCGGCCCAUACAAAGAUGUUUGUCCCCUCCCUGGCAUUCAGGAGGAAGCUCGUUAUUCCGGACAACUACAAAAUCAUCCAAGUGAUUUCAGGUCAUGGCAAGUGCCUGGCCUACCGCAAACAGUUUGGACACGUCCCUUCAUCCUCCUGCCUGCCCUUGUGAUGGCCAAGCUGAGCAAAACCUUUUGCAUAUAGUUUUUCAUUGUCCACUUUGGGAAAGAGAAAGGAGUCAGCUAAUACAGCACUUCGUUUGUAUAGGGAGAGGCUGGCCGGUUCCUCCAUCUGAAUUGCUUCUGAGCGAGAAUAUGAACGUGUUUGUUGGUUUUGUGGAUAAACUGGACUUGGACUUGCAUUA